AUGAAUUUUAUUUUCAUGAAUAUACCAAAAUGUAUGCCCCAUUUAAUUAUGUCAUAUAAACAAAAGUGUAACGCUGUUUAUCAUCUGCUGACCACUUCUUCCCUAUUAUUAUUAUCACCAUCACCGUUAUCAUCGAAGUCUGAUGAAAUGAACAAAUCAAAUGGUUAUAAAACACUAAUGAAAUCGUCAUCAGUUCGAUUUCGAUUAGGUAAUCUACCAACACAUGUACAACAAUAUUUUAAUCUUACUCCCGAUAAUUCAUCAGAAUUUAUUACUGUAUUAUCAAGUGAUGUACAAAAGCUGAUUAAGAAAACUCAUUGUUCAGUUAACGUUAUUAAUGAUAAUUUACAACCUCCAUUACUUCAACUGAUUUGUAAAGGUGAUACAUCAAAUCCCAACAAGUCGUUAUGUAAAUAUGGGAUUAAUUUACCUGGGAAAACUCGAGUAAAAGUGAUUGAGUUUAAUUCUAAUAUAGACGAUAAUAUGUGUAGAGUCCGAGUAAAACAGGCAGAAGCUUUUUUACAAGCUGAUCAUUUUGUAGUCAUAAUUAUUAAUUUGAAACAUCUGAAGAAAUUAUUAUCUAAGAAAAAUGUACAGUCUACGGCUACGAAGGCGGAUGGCGAUGAACAGCAGUUGCAAAAUUUGGGGAAGGUGGAAUACGAGAAAAAUGUCACGAAGUACACUAAAAUAUUUGAAGGAAUACCUCAUUGUAAAGUACACAAUAUUAAUCGACACAUAAGCCAGGUCUGA